AAGUCACAGCCAGGGCAGAGCUGCGCAGCUUCGACUCGACUCUCAACCUUCAACCACCAUCCUCCUGUCUCGAGUCUUCCCAGCGUCGCCAAUCCUUCAACACAGUCGCAUACCCAACUUAGCUUCGGCGCAUACAACUAAUCAAAAUGGCGACCCAAUACGAAGUCGAACACAACAUUAAACCCUCUUCCACCGCCCCCCGCCGCCGCAAAGUCGACAUGUCAACCUUUACCUCCCACCUACACAACAUCGCUCCCGAAUCCUCCACCCCCACCUCCACCUCCGCUUCCACAUCCUCGCAGCACCACAACAACCCGCACGCGACCCCCAACCCCGUCGACCUCGCCGCUCUCUACCGACUACUCCAAGACCAAAUGGGCGUGCUCGCCCUCUCGGCACCGACCGACGAAAACCGCAACUUUCUCAACUCGCUGAUCGAUUCUCUGGAAGAGGACAUCCACCGCCCGCCCACGCAAAUCGAGGGUGUCUCGCAAGAGUUUUUGGAUGGGCUGGACAGAGUGGACAGGAAGAAACUAAAGGAGGACGAGCAGUGCCCGAUUUGCGCCGAGAGGUAUCUGGAUGAUCAGUAUUGUCUGGUGGUGGAACUGCCGUGUCAUCAUAGCCAUCGGUUUGAUCUUGAGUGCGUGGGGCCGUGGUUGAGGAGUAAGGGGACUUGUCCGAUGUGUAGGAAGGAGAUGGGGAAGAGGAGGGAGGUGGUGACUAAGAAAGAGGAAGAAGAAGAGGAGGAGGAGGAUGAUAUGGAUGGGUUGUAUGCUUGAGGGAUUGGGUAGUAAAGGGAAGGAGGAAUGAAUGGGGUUUCGAAGGAUGGAUGGUAUACCACGUGGACACUUUGCGCUGGAUGAGAGAUAUGUAUAUAUAUGUAAAGCGUUAAAUGAUUGAUGUUGAGCACAAGG